GGAAGGAGGUGAUAGGGCUUUUCUUUCUCCGGUUGAGGAAGUGUGGUGGAGGCUCUGAGGUCCAGCAGCGCUGUAAAAAAGACGACCAUGGCGCCCAGCUCACAGACAGACAGCGAUGUUGUCUCUGGUGUUCGUAAAGGGAUUCGGGCCAUCCUGCUGGGGCCACCCGGCGCGGGGAAAGGGACUCAGGCGCCCAAGCUGGCAGAAAAGUUCUGUGUGUGUCAUCUGGCCACUGGGGACAUGCUGAGAGCGAUGGUUGCCUCCGGGACUGAAUUAGGCAAAAGAUUAAAAGAGACCAUGGAUGCUGGCAAACUGGUGAGUGAUGAGAUGGUUGUCGAGCUCAUCGAGAAAAACCUGGACACUUCUGCCUGCAAACAAGGGUUCCUGUUGGAUGGUUUUCCACGCACAGUCAAACAAGCAGAAAUGUUGGAUGAUCUGCUUGAAAAACGCACAGAGAAGCUGGACUCUGUAAUUGAGUUCUCGGUAGAUGACUCUCUUCUGGUGCGCAGGAUCUGUGGCAGACUUAUCCAUCAGCCCAGUGGUCGCUCAUACCAUGAGGAGUUUAAUCCGCCCAAGGAGCCCAUGAAAGAUGAUGUGACCGGGGAACCUCUGAUUCGUCGUAGUGAUGAUAAUGAGAAGACACUGCGCUCGAGGCUGGAGGCCUAUCAUAAACAGACAGUCCCCCUGGUGGAAUACUAUAGUGCACGUGGUAUACACCGUGCCAUCGAUGCUGCUCAGUCCCCCGACAUCGUCUUUGCCUCCAUCCUUGCUGCCUUUUCAGCUGCCACCUGUAAAGACCUUGUGUUAUUCAUCUAAACGUUUUCUCCAUCCUUCUUUUUCCUUAGUGUCUUUCUCUUUUAUGGAAAGGUUUGGGUUCUGCCUUGAAGGAAAAUGCUGCACUUGAGUGUGUGAGUUUGCCAGCUUAAUGUUGUCUGGAAGCAUGUUGUUGUUACCACUGUGCCCAUGGAAACAUGACAAGCUCUGGCAACUAUCUGUCUUUUCUUACAUUACACACCAUGGCACACAUGGAUUUUAUGUCAGUGCAUUAUUAAGUGCCUAAUGGUGGAGUGUGUUCAUGUAUGCAUUUUACUGCAACGUCAAAAAACAAAGUAGGCUUCAGUACAUCCAGUACAAAGGCUUUGUACAUUUGUGUCCAAGCAACCAGCAGCAGGUCUUGACAAACCAAAAAUAAUAAUUACAAAAAACAAACAAGAGAAUAUCUUUCUUACACAGAAAUCUCACCCACUAAGGCAGCAUGACCGAUCUGUCAGUCAUUUUUCCUUAACACCUACUACUUUUCUUUCCAAUCAUUCUGAUCGUCAGUACUGCAUGAGUUACUCAAUCUAUAAUUUGAUAUUUAGCUACUCACAUUUGUCUGUUUUUUUACCCUUGUGUAAGCAAACAUGGCUAAUAAUUUCGACAUUUUAUUGCACUUUAUUUAAACUUAAAACCAGCUUUUGCUUCUGUAGCUGUAUUUUGUUCUUGUAAUUCCUUCCCAUGUCCACCAGGUGGUACGUGUAUUUAUUAUUUUUUGUUUGCUGCCUCCUGCAGUGGAAAAAAUAAUGAUCUGAUAUUCCUUGCUAUCCCUUUUUGCGUCCAUGUGAUGAAUAGAAUGUUUAAUUUACUUGAGUCGUUUUUUUCCCCCUU